CUCGAUUUUCUACGUAUAACAGAAAAAAUAUGAAGCUGAUUGUAUUCUUUAGUUUAUGUGUAAUGUCAGUAAAUGGUCACCAGGCAACCUUUUCUACUGAGGAUUUUUCUCAGAGAGCAUCAUUGGCGAAUGGAUACUUGAAACUUUACUGGAAAGCAAAUAAAGACACGAUUACAAUGGAGGUACAUGGGAAAACUACAGGCUGGAUUGGUAUCGGGUUUUCGCCGCAUGGCGGGAUGAAUGGAGCCGAUAUAAUUGUGGGCUGGAUUAAGAAUGGAACCACUUAUAUAACAGAUCGUUAUGGCAUUGAAAAUGGUUUCCCACCCAGAGAUUCACAGCAAGAUGUAAAAUUGAUCAUGGGCAAGGAAUGUGAUGGAUGGACGAUGAUUAGAUUCAAACGAUCGCUGGAAUCUUGCGAUCAGCAACAUGAUAGAAGCAUAACAGCUGACACUCAACGCGUUAUUUGGGCAUUUGGAGAAACAGACCCAAUCGACGAAGAUCUAUCUCCACCUGACAUACACCGGAAAACUACAAUGGGAUCGUUGAGUCUAAUUCUUGUUGGCGAUAUAUCACCGAGCCGAAAUAAUAUUGUAGAACACGAACCUGGGACAAAAACUAUAUUACUGACAAACAAUAAAUUAAAGAUUCCAGUGGUCGACACUUAUUACCAUUGUCAUUUGAUUGAAAUUCCCGUGAUACCCCAAAAACACCACAUUAUAAAGGCACGACCAAUCAUAACAAAAGGAAAUGAAAUGUUAGUGCAUCACAUGAUCUUGUACCAGUGUGGAACCGACUUGAAGAAUAGGAAAGAUCUCAACGAAAAUGGAACAAUGUGCUAUUCUCCAGACAUGCCGGCUCAUUAUAGUACAUGCGGAACUUUAGUGAGUGCAUUUGCGAUAGGUGGAACAGACUUUCAUUUUCCACCUGAAGUAGGACAUUCUUUUGGGGGAAAAAAGAAUUCAAGAUACUUUCAACUUCAAAUACAUUAUGAUAAUCCUAUGCUAAAAAAUGAUAUCAUCGACAGCUCAGGGGUGGAACUCACCUACACAGCAGAAUUGAGAAAAUACGACGCAGGUUUGAUUGUAUUGGGGAAUACAAUUGAUGGAUUUGAACAUUUUAUUCCUCCAAAUGCGCAGCAAUUCAAAACAGUUGGUCAUUGCCAGUCUCGGUGCUGGAAGGGGGCUAUGGAAUUUUCAAAGACUCCUUCUAUCAAAAUUUUUUCGACGCUUCUUCACACACACAUCACAGGAAGAUCCGUUACUGUUCGUCAUUACAGAAAUGGUACCGAGCAGUCUAUAAUCUCUCAAGAUAAGGCGUACGAUUACAAUUACCAAGAAAUGAGGUUCCAUAAAAGCAUGCCUGAAAUAUUUCCGACAGAUCAUGUUACGGUAGAAUGUAGUUAUAACACAACAGGAAAUAAGAAUAUUGUUUUGGGUGGACUUGGAAGUCAACAGGAAAUGUGUGCCGCGUUUGCAUUUUAUUAUCCAAAGAUAGACCUUUCUCAAUGUACAUCAAAUCCUGUGGCAAAAGAAAUAUAUUCUUUCUUCAACAUUUCAAAGUUCAGUAUUGCAGGAAUAAAUGGCUUAUAUGAUGUUCAAGUGACAGAGCCAGAAAAAUACACAGGAAUGACUGGAAUGCAUGUUAUAAACAAGUUAAUGACUUGGAACGAUCAAACAAUUGGGGAAUUCUGGAAAAGAGAAGUAAAAAUGACACAUUCACAAAUUUGUGCUGGUCAGCACUAUCGUUCUGAGAGUUUCACCUUUGAACCUCCAGAAGUUAGUAGUCCGUAUAUUGAGCCUGAGAAAUUGUGCACGAAUCUUACGACUGAGCGAACAAUUGUUAAAUCAAAGAUAGGAUGUUCAUCGAGUCGCACAACAUCAAUGCAUGUGCGGUUUCUUUUUGCGUGGUUACUUCUUACAACAUUAUUAUUGCAUUAAAUUCACAACGUUAAGUAUAUUUUAUAGAGAAAUAUAGCAAUAUGGUGCAGUUGGAGCGAUAAA